AGAACUUGUCACUAGUAACGGGUAUGUUCAUGAGCUCUCAUCUCUAAAACGUAACUAAAUUUCAGUAACAAACUUGUAAAGGUUUUAACAAAAAUGGCCUGCAAACAAUUGAUGAAUCGCGCUUCCUCACUUGGGCGCUGCAGCCAGAACAAGCUUAUGCCUCUGGCUAGCAUGCGGUGGUCCAGCACACGCAGCGACAUCGAGAAAGUCACACACACAGGCCAGAUAUUUGACAAAGACGACUAUCGUAAUGUGCGCUUCACAAAUGCCAAGCGCUAUGUGAACGAAAACUGGGGCAUCAAGCUGAUCGAUGAGAUUCCACCCAAAGAGUGCGAAGAGCGCGUUGUUUACUGCGACGGAGGCAACGGUCCGCUCGGACAUCCAAAAGUCUAUAUUAAUCUGGAUAAGCCCGGCAAUCACACCUGCGGCUACUGCGGCCUGCGUUUCGUGAAGAAGGAGCAUCAUUAAAAUCGAUCUUUGGAUCUUAAAGAACGCUCUUGUUACUAGUUGAAUAUACAUAAAUAUAAAAAAGAAACAA